GGUGCUCGAGGUAGUACUCAGGCAGGCAGGACAGGAGGUCGGUCAGGUGGCGGGCGUGGUCAGUUAUAUGCAGUACCUGCUAGACCCGAGACUGAUAUUUCGGAUGCUGUAGUGAUAAGUACAAUUUUGGUGUGUCGCAAGUCGGCUCUUGCUUUAUUGGAUCCCGGAUCCACUUAUUCUAAUAUAUCUUCUUAUUAUACACCAUGGUUGGAUUUGACUAGUGAUUUAUUAUCUGUGCCAUUGCGCGCAUCUACUCACGUGGGUGAUUCUUUAGUAGUGGAUCGAGUGUUUAGAUCAUAUGUUAUGACAGUCAGUGAUGUUGAUACUUAUGCUGAUCUUAUUAUUUUGGAUAUGCUAGAUUUCGAUGUGAUACUAGGAAUGGGUUGGUUAGCUCACUAUCAUGCGGUCAUGGAGCCUGUUUUGCAAGAGCAUAUUCUUUUUGCCAAGUUCUCCAAAUGCCAGUUUUGGCUUAAGUCGGUAUCUUUGCUCGAACAUGUGGUGUCCAAGAUGGGUAUUAUAGUAGACCCGACUAAGAUUUCAAUGAUUCUUGAUUGGGCUAGGAUUGUGUCUCCGACUGAGAUUCGCAGUUUUAUUGGUUUGGCGGGUUACUAUAGGCACUUUGUUUAG